UUUAAUAGAUUUGUGUUUUGAAAGAUAAACCAAACACACAAAUCUCAUUCCAAACCCUAUAAUUUAUUUUUAUUUCUCCCCUUUUUGUUAUUCUUUUGUUUUUUUCGUGUGUGGAUAGAGACACCUUAGCUUCCAUUUAGCCACACCAAUUCUUGCCCUUAAAUUCUCCUCCUUGAUGUCGACUUGCCACAGCCGUAUGUGAAUCGCCAACAGAAAAAUUGAUAGAUCGAUCGAUCGAUCGAGCUAGCUAGGGUUGCUGCCAAGAUUGUUUUUUGGGAAAUAAAUAUUUAAUCUCAGAAAAUAGAUUUGCUACAAAAAGGGUGUUAGAAAUUCAAAAAAAAAAAAAACAAAAGAAUUGCAAGGUGGAUCGGCGGCAUGGAAAGAGGGCACUUCCGAUGGAAGCGACGGCGGCGCUAGGCGGAGCAUAUGGCGGCGAUGCUUCCGCCGCCGCCAUGUUCCCUAGCCUCACUAGAAUUACCGGCGCCGGCAACACUUUUGAAGAUGCUGCUGCUCCGCCGCUGCCGCCGCCGGCGGCGGCGGCGGAGACUGCUCAAGAAGCUCAACAACAUCAAGGAACUAUGAAGAGACACUAUAGAGGAGUGAGACAAAGGCCAUGGGGCAAAUGGGCCGCCGAGAUUCGGGACCCGAAAAAGGCGGCCCGCGUCUGGCUCGGCACAUUCGAUACAGCCGAGGACGCCGCCCUAGCCUACGACAAAGCCGCCCUCAACUUCAAAGGCGCCAAAGCCAAACUCAAUUUCCCCGAACGCGUCCAAGGCAGGACCGAGCUUCGCUACAUCAGCACCAGCGAGUCAUCGACGAGUCAUCAUCAAACCCGAUUGUCGUCGCCGUCGCCGUCGAUGUCUUCCCAAUUAGAUCCAUUGAUGCACAACACAUUUCCAGGGAUUCAGCAGUAUGCCAAGCUAUUAUCUUCUAGCAACGACGCUGAGUUCCCUUUCUUGACCUCAGCUCUUUACGGCGGGGGCGCCGCCACACCGACGGCGCCGGAUUGCGCCGCUCCGGCGGCGGCGCAGCAGCAAUAUGGCACUAAUUUUUCAGGCCAAUUUUAUGGGUCGGAUUUUAUUAACUUUGAUGGGGUUUUGGAAGACAGUGGGAAUCAGGAUGGAUGACGAUUAAUGUAGAAGUUAAUUUGUGGAUUUGUAAAUCAUCAUCAUCUAUCCAUGGAUAAUUAUAUUGAUAUCUGAUGAGCCAUAAGCUUUGAUUAUGAGGAUGGAUUUGAUGAUCAAGAUCAGAAUUAUGGUGUGAUUUCAUUGAAUUAAUUUGUGGUUUUCGAUUCAUGAUAGUGAUUACAAAAAUAUAUAUAUAUAUAUAUAUGUUUACAGUUUUUAUUUUUAUUUCUUUGUUGUUCA